AUGAUGGCAACUGAAGCCACUCUCGCCGCCCCCGUCGAUGCUUCUGUCCACUCUGACUCCAAGCUCACUAACGACGCUGACAACGACUCUCACAAUGUCGGCCCCAACCGUGCGAAACUGAAUGGCAGUCCCGCCGUCGAUGACUUGGAAAAUAAGCAUAUCACCGGUAUCGAAGAUCAGGUCAUUUCAGCAGACGUCAGUGUGAGUGGGGGAUCAGAUACAGAAGCAUCACGGACCGCUCGAGAUGGGGAGAAGGGCCAUGGCAGAACGUCAUCAACUGUCAAGAAGCCUGCGACAUUCAAGGCUGUCUCUGUCAACAAGACUUUCCUAGCCGCGAAAGGCGCUGCGAGUAUUUCUGCCGCCAAACCUGCCGAGAAGAACAACUCAGCAUCCAUUCUGAGCUCAUCGCCCUCAGGAUCAUCUACCCUGUCAGCGUCACGACCGAGACUUGUUGCGAAGACUGGGAGCGGCACUGGCUCUGUGCCACGGCUUGCCUCAGCGGCCAACGGCGCCAAGUCCGCCUCCGGUCCUGAUCCGAACGCAGUAUGGAACAAGAAUCGACCUGUUCCUGCCCCGGAACCCAAAAAGCUGACAGAUGAGGAACUUAAGAAGUAUGGCAUCCAUAUGGCGAGCCGACUGGCUCCGGAAAGCGCACAGGCGCAGGGUAAUUGGGCGGAUAUAGAAGACGACGAUGACGAUUGGGCGCCUGAAACCAUUACCUGGACCGAUGGCACCAAGACAACCCUACCGCACCCUGACGAAACGCCCGCGCCGCCUCCCGAGCCUACACCCGCCCCAGCUCCUGCGCCAGCUCCUGCGCCUGCUCCGCCGAAGGAAAAGAUGAUUGAGAAGCCGAAAUCGCCUGCGCCCCCCCGCAACGCCCCUUCUCCUUCCACGAAACCCGGCGUGCUUCCUUCUGGAAAGGGCUUGAUUCUCAAGGGUGGUUCCGCCGACAAACCAACUCUCGUCGCAAAGCCACCUGCACCGCCAACUCCUGUCAAGUCACCAUGGGCCCCUUUACCACCUAUCGAGAAGGCCCCUCCUCUUGUAACGGAGCCGCCAGCCCCUCCACAGGCGGCUGGACUUCGGUUUUCUACCAGAGAUCAGCCAGGUAGGAAUAACACGCCGCCACCGUAUGCAAGAGAAAUUGCUGCCGAUGACUUCAACCGGUCCGCUUGGAAAGAAGGCCCGGGAGGUGGAAAUCGCGAGCUAUAUAAUUCACAGUCCGGACGAUACGAACCUGUCAACGAUCGGAGAGGCUCAUUCCGAUCCGACGCACAUGGCAGACAACCUCCCGUGUUGCAGCGUCCGUCCCAGUCCGAUCACCCUGAACCCUCCGCGGCUUUCCAAACCAGUAGGACGACGAUGCCCGACGGCCCAUUUAGCAGACGCCGUGGAUCCUCGAACGUUAGUGCCGGGAGCGGAUCCUUUAUUCAAAGACCUGGCAAGGGGCAUGAACUACCGCUGCCGCCUCAAGAGCUGCUCAACGCUCGGAGAGGCUCCGUUACCGCCUCUAUUGACAGCCCUGUAUCGCCGCGAAACUUCUCUCCCUCGGGUCUGCAACAUGGCCCCCGGGUGCAUGGCAACCAGCAAUGGCAACCACGCGCCUCCCCCGGUACUAACUACGCCAGCCUUCAUUCAACCGGCCCUCCAGUGGCUCCAGAUGGAAGACAGGUUCAACCGCCGCCGCCAAUGGCUCGUUUGGAGGAGGAUAUCGAGUUGCAGAAAAAGAUCAUGCGAGAGAAGCGUGAGUUGGCGAUGCAACGGAGACGUGAAGAGGAGGCUCGCGAGGAGGCUGCGCGAAGGGAACGUAUCAAGGCCAAGUUGGACGCCAUGGGACCACCCCCGGAACGCAAGAGUGCCAAAAAGGAUUCUCCCGAAGACCCCAACGCGGUUGCCCAACCGCAAACGCCACAACACGACGGCUCGGCCGGAUCAGACACUGUGUCGCAGUCUAGAGAGUCUGCAGCCAGCUCUGGCCCAUCAACUGUGCCAACGACAGUCGCCAGCGUUAAUGAGAAACCCUUCAACGAAAGGCCUCCAACCGGCGAUUCUGAACACAGUCGACGACCAGGCGGACAUGAUGCAAGACAGGCCAACCCAUGGGAUGCUCAAGCGCCCCAGCAGGAGCGCCUUCCCACCUGGGGAUCUGCCGCUCAGCAGGCUACUAGAAAUGUUUGGGGAUCUCCUAACAACGACCGUGGCCUUGGCAACGGCACUUUCAAUACUGAUAUUGCCCGUCUACCAGAGUCACAGGCAGGCCAGCUUCCCCCGGCCCCAGCCAAGCAGGGCCCCGCGCCCAUUGCACCACCCAGCAUGCAGAGAAUUCAAAACCCACUUCCGGCUUCGAGCCAAGCUCGUCCUACCGCGGGAGCUCCUCGUGAGAUAAACGAGAUGCGCAACAGAUGGUCAAAUUCGGUGCUCGAUGGUGACAAGACGAUGCUCGACGAGCGAAGGACCCAGCGUCUUGAACGCGAUCGGCAACUUAAUGAACGUGGUAUUACUAUUGACCAGGCUCAGGCCUCAAUCAAAGAGACUUGGCGACCAUCUGGCGACAGCAGACGUGACCCUGCUCAUGUCAUUCAUGAAGUGGCGGCCAGCACUGCACCAGGCUCUAUUUUGCCCCCGACUGGACCCUCCGCAUCACAAGCGCGGCCUUCCAGGUUCUUCCCGCCCAAAGACAGCAGACACGAUGCCUCGGCCCACGCCACUGAGCCCUCCCGGCCCAACUCGCCUUCGCCGCCCCCUCCUGAUAUGCUUGGCCACCCUGCCUACGACGGCGACGCACUUCGCCCUCAUGUCUCCCUGCCACGCCCGCAUCCUGUGGUCAAGCUGCCCCCCUCAGCAUCGGCUGCGCAACCUGCUUCGGGAAGACCUGGCGCACCUCUUGCGUGGGCGAACCCGGCUGGAUAUAAGGACGGCUCUACCACCCAUUCCCGCGGAACCUACCACCAGGCAAGUGUACCGCAGCGACACCAAGAUCACGGGAACGAAAACUGGCAGGAUCGUAUCAACAACCUGCUCACGGGAAGGAAGCCCAACUCGCCGCCAAAAGCCCCUGGCGUUGAGCCUGUCAGCAAGAGUGCUCUAGAUCACUCGGGCCACUAUAACCCCGCAACGGUGUCUUUGCCUCGCUCAGCAGCUCAACCCUCGUCAGAUGAUACCAAAUCCUUUACAACGAAGCCGAUGGCAGAGGAAUGUUUUGAGGAGCAGGAGAUGGGCUCACUGCCGCAGAUCAAGUUCCCGCACAAAACUCCGGAUGCGGCUUGGCACCCGGCCGUAGCCCCGGCCAAACCGUUGCCCCGGCGCUUCUGGGUUUCGGAUAUUGAGACAGUGCGUUCGCUAUGGAUCCCUCACGAUAUGUCGGCCAGCGGCAGCGUGUAUCGUGUUCAACUUCCUGGCAUGGCCGAGGCCAAGACGAUUCCACUCCCGUUCUCUAGGUCAGCGAGCAACCCCCGACGCUCUAGUGGGCGCGGCGGACAACGCGGCGGGAGCGGACCCAGCCAUCGAGGCGGCAAGGGCCGCGACUCUUCGUACUCGGGCGAUGCAAGCAGCUCGGCACCUCCUUCUGGCCGUGGCGGUCGCGGUGGCUAUCGGGGACGCGGAAGUGAGAACUGGUCGCGCCGGAGCCCUGCCAGCCAAGCAGCAUAA